AUGCAUAGAUAUUUCAAGGAGGUCUUGUAUGCUAUUGGGGAACUUAGGCAAGAAAUGAUUAGACCUCCAUCUAAUGAGACACCAGUUAAGAUAAGCAAUAGCUCAAGAUGGUACCCAUAUUUCAAGGACUGUGUUGGGGCAAUAGAUGAGACUCAUGUAUAUGCUAGAGUGCCAGCCAAGAUCCAAGCAGCAUUUAGGGGAAGGAAGCACUACCCCACACAAAAUGUUCUUGCUGCUGUUGACUUUGAUAUGAAAUUUACUUAUGUCUUAGCUGGUUGGGAAGGGUCGGCUCAUGAUGCAACUAUUCUUGCUGAUGCACUAGAGAGGGAGGAUGGGUUAAGGGUUCCACCAGGAAAAUUCUACUUAGUAGAUGCUAGAUAUGCUUGUCAUCCUGGAUUCCUUCCUCCUUACCGUGGCACUAGGUACCAUCUGAAAGAGUAUGGUGCUAGGAACUACCCAACCAACCCAAGGGAGUUGUUUAAUUUGAGGCAUUCAAGUCUGAGAGUAUCUGUUGAAAGGGCUUUUGGUGCUUUGAAGAACCGUUUUCGCAUCAUUGAUAAUAAACCAUUUCAUCCCUACAAGACACAAGUCAAGUUAGUACUUGCUUGCUACAUAUUGCAUAAUUGGAUACUUGGGCAUGGGGUUGAUGAGGUAGUUCCUACUGAGUUCUCAUGGGUGCCCAACAAUAAUGAUAGUCCUGGACAUGGGGUCCAGAUGGAUGACAAUGCUGUUUGA